AUGGGACUUCGCGGCAAGCUCCGACAGACGUUCAGUUCGUCAUCCAAGAAAUCGGCCAGCACGUCGUCGGCGUCGUCGAAGAACAACAAGAACAACAAGAACACCAACAGCACAUCCAACACCCCAUCAAUAUACCCGAACGAGACACACUACACGGACCGCACCGACAUCGAGUACUACAAGCCGAACGAGAUCCCCAAGUCCAAGUACCGGGGGAAAGUGGACCCGGCGCACCAGGCGAGCCUGGGGGCAUUCUCACUGUCGGAUGCGUUUGCCGCGACGACGCGGCGCGCCAGCCUCGCGCUCAGCGGCACAUUCAGCCCCGGGGGAACCAAGAGCCAGAGCCGCGUCCCCAGCCGCGUGCCCAGUCGACGGCCGAGCAUGGCCGCCGCCGUGCCCGAGGCCGGCUCGAAUCUGAGGAUAGAGGAGAGGGCCGGCUCUGGUGGCAGCGAGGCGACACGUGAGAGAUCCGAGGACUCGAACAACACGUCGAGCAGCGCUGGUGCUUCUGCUUCGGCCGGUGACGGGCCAGGCAGUGAUACUGCGAGCACGUCCCUCUCAGGCCCGACAUCGACCACAGGCACGACAGCGCCGACCACGGCGGUUGCACUGACGCCCAUGACGACUCUGACAUCCCCAUCAAACCCGAAACUCGCGGGCGUCUCGAGUGACGGUGGUCUUGAUCUUGACGCCGAUGUCGCCCCGUCGACGCUCCUGUCAAAGCAGAUCACCGCCCACGAUACGCCUUUCACGGCCGAGGAGCUGGAGAUGGCCAUGACGCGCGCGACCUUCCGCGAUCGAGACGGCGUCCUGCAUGACGUGCAUGUGGCGUGA